CACGAAAAAUGAGCAAUUUUAAAAAAUGAUCAUUUAUAUUUCGUGUAAAAAUGAAUCGCCGGACGACAGUUACGUGUUACGUCGCUCUGCCUCGGUCCUCAUCUCUCUCAGUGCCAUCUCCGUCGGAGUACCUCGCCAAUCCGAAGGCCAACAGGGGAAACCGGCACUUCCCCCUCCGGGUCGUCAGCGAUCGGGCCCUCCUGGUCGUGCUCUUUUGGCUUCCGCGGCCGGUCUGAAGCGGCGAUCUCUUGUUCUCCAGAGCAGCAGUAGGGGAGGAGGAUUUGGAGGCCAUUGUCGGACGAGCUUCCCGCAGAAGAUGCCAUGCGGAUCGUCGGAGCGGAGGUCGGAGAAGGGACGAGAGUCCACAAUCGACGAGAUCGAAGAUGUCGUCGUUAUAGGAGCACGAGGACGACGACGACGACGGGGAUGUGGAGGCGUCGUCGUCGGCGAAGGAGAGGUUGCAGAGCGAGAGCGCGUCUCCGUCGUCGUCGUCGAAGGGAACUUGCGCCGGAUCGGUGUCGACGGGCUCUUCCUUCCGCGGUGGUCGGACGAAUUUGGCGGAUUUUCAGAAAGAAAAAGGGGAGAGGGAAGUGUGAUUGUUUUUUGGUUGGAGAGAGAGAGAGAGAGAGAGAGAGAAAGGGGAAGGAGCGAGAGAAGAUGGAGGGGGGGGAUGUCUGAUUUAUAG